CUUAAACCUCCAACUUCCUCCUAGGAAUUCCAUCGUUGGUACUCGACCUACAUUCCACUGCCCUAACACGGUAUGAUAGCUUCACAUCGUGCCCGCUCAACGGAGAGUUUGAAAUGCUCGUCUUGUACCUGUACACUUGCUUGUGGUCAUGGAUCACUGUGGUGACCGCCUUGCCGGCGCAAUUGCUAGCGAAUAACAAUGAAAUUUCUCAGGAAACUUUCGAGUCGUUGGAAGAGCUCGCUCGAAUCGUCGAUAUCUCCUACUGUGUCGGCACUAGUGGUAUUCACAGACCUUUCAAAUGUCUCAGCCGAUGCAGCGAUUUUGAGGGUUUUGAACUCGUUACAACAUGGAACACGGGGCCUCUCCUGUCCGAUUCCUGCGGCUACAUCGCAGUCUCACAUCCUCCCCAUCAGAAGCGAGUCAUUGUCGCGUUUCGAGGGACCUACUCGAUCGCCAACACGAUUGCCGAUCUAUCCACGAAUCCUGCAGAAUAUGCACCUUUUCCCUCUGAAAGCGAUAACGGAUCAGUCUGCGCAUCACUUGAGCGGCAAAAUGAUAAGGAGCCUCUACUACCGCAGUUGUUGAAACCGCCAGCAAAGAGGACUGUGUCGCCGCCAGAAUGUCCCAACUGCACUGUUCACGCCGGUUUCAUGACAUCAUGGAAGAACACACGGUGUACGAUUGUCCCUCACGUGGAAAAGGCCUUGAACGAACACCCAGACUACGAAUUGGUCCUGGUCGGUCAUUCGCUCGGAGGCGCUGUUGCGGCUCUUGCAGCACUCGAGUUUCAAGCGCGAGGAUGGGUGCCUCAUGUCACCACCUUUGGCGAGCCGCGCAUCGGGAACAAAGCUCUGAAUCAGUUCAUUGACAAGCGCUUCAACCUGAACGAUACUAACCUUGAAAAAGCAUCAUAUCGUAGGGUGACACAUGUCGAUGACCCAGUUCCUCUGCUUCCCCUCCAGGAGUGGGGCUACGGUAUGCAUGCGGGUGAGCUAUAUAUUUCCAAACCGUCACUCCCACCUGCACGCUCCGAUAUUCGACACUGCCAGGGUGACGAAGAUCCUUCUUGUAUUGCCAAGGGAAUAUCUACAGAUGCAGAAUCUGACGGCGAAGGUCAAAGACCGAUCUCUGAGUCGAAGAUCAAGGCCUUGUGGGGUAUCGGCACACGGUACAAGCUGUGGGAACUGUUCUUUGCACAUCGGGACUACUUCUGGAGGUUGGGGCUAUGCGUUCCAGGAGGGGACCCAUGGGAUUGGUCGCGUGGCAAGUAUAAUGUGACUGAGAUGAAUGACGAAUUAUGAAAUCGACGAGAACAAUCAAUGGGACAUGGUCAUUGGCGACUGGAGGGCGAAUGAUUGUCUUCAAAAAAGCACGGCGCUGGUGAUUUCUCAGCGUCUGGAUAUCGUCAGCUAAUAUGUAUAUCAACAUAAUAUCUCUCAGUGCUGCUUCACCAUUUUGUCCCGUCAGCGUUUCCGUUCUCUCAUGUACGAUGUCCCUGCCCUAUGUUUCCUACCUUGGGAGACAUUGUGGCAAUUCGGCAAUGACAAUCGACCAUUUUUCAAAGCCACAAAGGUCUCUGCCAAGUCAUUCCUGAUUUAAGCACAUGACGCCGUCUGCCACAUUGCUGUACAAACGUCCUUUUCUUAUCGAGGAAAGUAGGA